UGGUGCGUCUUUUGCCUUUUGCUUCCUUCUUCCCGAAGCUUUCUGCGGAGGGGGGGCGGGGGCUGAUACUUUACUCCCCCCUCUUUUCCUUAAGACACUGUCAUUUCCUCAGCAUUUCAUGCCAGACGGGCGAUCGGCUACUUUUGUUAACCCAAUUUCAGAGGCACUUUCUUUCGUUCUUUCUGUCUGUCUUUCUUUCUUCCUUUCUGUCUUUCUUGCACAUACUCUCAUUUCGCUCCACGUUUGCCCGAUCGAGUUUUUUUUCCUUCAGUUCUGUGGAUUUUAAAGAGUUUUGCAAGACACUUUCAUAUUUGAAGAAAGAAAGGAGAGAAAAAAAGGUUUUCAUGAUUUUUGUACCAGGUGGAGGAGCCUACGAUUGUGUUUUUGUCUGGCAACACUUAUUUAACGGACCGGUUUCAUGCACUAUAAAGAGCAGAUGUUGGAACAUUUGAAUUGAAAGAAAAAAGUGAAGAAGGAAAGGCCGGUUUUGAAAAAAGACAGUAGGAGAAGAAGAUAAACAUACAGUACUACAGGGAAAAGAGAGGAGAAGAAGAGACGGGGAUUAUGGGGAGAAAAAAGAUUCAGAUCACGCGGAUAAUGGAUGAGCGUAAUAGACAAGUGACAUUUACAAAGAGGAAGUUUGGUUUAAUGAAGAAGGCCUAUGAACUGAGUGUUCUUUGUGAUUGUGAGAUAGCUCUCAUCAUCUUCAACAGCACAAACAAAUUGUUUCAGUAUGCCAGCACGGAUAUGGAUAAAGUACUGCUGAAAUACACAGAGUAUAAUGAGCCACAUGAGAGUCGAACCAAUUCAGACAUUGUAGAGACAUUGAGAAAGAAAGGCCUUAAUGGUUGUGACAGUCCUGAUCCCGAUGCUGAUGAUUCAGCAUUGAGCAAGAAGGAGAACAAGGGUUGUGACAGUCCUGAUCCUGACUCCUAUUACAGUAUUACCCCACGCACUGAAGAAAAAUACAAAUCAAUUAAUGAAGAAUUUGAUAAUAUGAUCAAGAAUCUUAAAAUGCCCGCAGUUCAGCCUUCAAACUACGAGAUGCCAGUUUCAAUCCCGGUGACCAACCCAAACAGCCUGAUAUACAGCCAUCCUGGCAGCUCUUUGGGAAACCACAACCUGCUGCCACUGGCUCACCCAUCCUUGCAAAGAAACAGCAUGUCUCCAGGUGUAACGCAUCGGCCACCUAGUGCAGGCAACCCAGGUGGCCUGUUGGGUGCAGACCUCACAACUGGUGCUGGCACCAGUGCUGGAAAUGGGUAUGGAAAUCAUCGUAACUCACCAGGUUUGCUGGUCUCGCCUGGAAGCAUGAACAAGAACUUGCAAGCAAAGUCACCGCCCCCAAUGAACCUGGGGAUGAAUAACCGCAAGCCAGACCUCCGAGUGCUCAUUCCACCAGGCUCCAAGAACACAAUGCCAUCAAUAAAUCAGAGAAUAAAUAACUCACAGUCUGCACAAUCAUUGGCUACCCCUGUGGUUUCUGUAGCAACGCCUACUUUACCAGGGCAAGGAAUGGGUGGAUACCCAUCAGCCAUUUCUACUACAUACGGUACUGAAUAUUCAUUGACCAGUGCAGACUUAUCGUCACUCUCAGGAUUCAACAGUGCUAGCACUCUUCAUUUGGGAUCAGUGACAGGCUGGCAACAACAACAUUUGCAAAACAUGCAGCAUUCAGCUCUUGGCCAGUUAGGACCUUGCAAUAGCACUCACUUAUCUCAGAGUUCAAAUCUCUCCCUGCCUUCUACUCAAAGCCUCAACAUCAAGUCAGAACCUGUUUCUCCUCCUAGAGACCGAACCACCACGCCAUCUGGGUACCCACAGCCGCACUCACGCCACGACUCCGGAAGGUCUCCUGUUGACAGCCUGAGCAGCUGCAGUAGUUCCUACGAAGGCAGUGACCGUGAAGAUCACAGGAAUGACUUCCACUCGCCAAUUGGACUUGCCAGGCCCUCAACAGAUGAAAGAGAAAGCCCCUCUGUCAAGCGUGUGAGGCUUUCUGAAGGAUGGGCGACAUGAUAGAAUAGCUGUGUUUUUUUUUUUUUUUUUUUCCCUUGCAGCGUGUGUGUGCUAUACAUUUAAUGGGGUAACAUUAUUAUGGGGAAUGGGUUGGGGGCGGGUGAAAACUGGGGGCUGGAGGGGUGGGGGGGAACCUAUGCAUUAUUUGUGCUGUGUGUUGACAGAAAAAAAGUCAGGUACUCUGUUUUGUAAAAGUACUUUUAACUUGCCUCAGUUAUAUAAAAAUGAAUACAAUGAAAGCAUACAUUGCUGAGAUAACAGCCUAGCACUUGAGUUGUACAACUAAACACUUGUACAGAGUAGGUUUUAUUGCUAACUUGUUUUCCUUGCUGUACUCCCUUGCAAAAUGUAUGUUGCAAUAGAUAGUGUCAUGUUGCAGGUUCAACGUAUUUACAUGUAAAUAGAGGGGCGGGGAUGGGGGGUUUUAAAAUUUGCCAGACUUUGCAGAUUUAUUUACUGAAAGAGAAAGCUGUUAUGCAACAUUUAAAGAAAAUGUACAGAUGUUGUGACAGACCCAGUACCCAGAGACCUUUUAUAACAGAGGCCACCAAAUAUACCUGCCAGAAUUUAAGCAUAGCCAUUUGUAUUAUGGCGCUUAGUUCUAAAAAAUUAAUAAACAAGUAAAAUGGAAUUGAAAAAGUGGACCACACAUGUAUAAAUAGCAAAAUAAAAUUAAAGAUACUCAGAAGUUAUAAUUUAUUAUUAAAACCUGGGUCUGCAUUACAAUAUUACCUAUAAAUGAGAUGUACAUUACAUUUUGCUUAUAUUUUCAUAAAAAGAGGAAAAAAUUGCAAAGCAUUUGUGGCUUUUUGUAGUUAAUCCAAGCCAGAAUGUGUUUUUUUAUAGCUUCGCUAAUUAAAUGAAGAAGAAGGUCAUAGACAUAAAGAAGGUAAAUGAGCUUUUUUGUAUAGAAAAAAGCACUACUCUAAGCCAUGAAAAUAAAAUUUAAAAUAAAAAUCCACGCUUUGCUGAACAAAGUAACUGUUUUCUCUUUGUAGACAAUUUUUUUUGUUUAAAAAAGUGUAUUUCUAAUUAUAUAUAAUAUUAAGAAUCUUCUAAAACAAAUCUGUGAAAUGAAUAAGCUUGUGUAUACCUUUCAUACAUACAUUUUAUAUGACUAUAUAUAUAUGUAUAUAUAUAUAACUUUAUAUAGAGUAUCUAUAUAUAUAUUUGUAUAUAUAUAUAGUCAUAGCAAGCAUUGUUUUACCUUAUUAGUGGGGAUAUAUUAUAUUUGUGCAGUUGCACAUUUCAGUAUCAAAUGUUUGCUUUUUUUUUUCUUUCGUUUAUUACAAAAUCGGACACACUUUUUAUUUUAAUAAUAGUAACCAGCCAAAACAAUCCUUUCAUCAUAUUGAGUGUAUGGAACAGUCCCUUUGUAGCAAUAUCUUGCUAUUACAUGACUGGCAGUUAUCCGUUGUGUAUAACUAAAGCUUCAACUUAAUAACAAUGACCAACGAAAAAAACAUAAACUAUGUAAAUAACAUCUGGAGUGAAGUGGAAACAUCCAAAUAACAAGGUUCAGAAAUGGUUGGUAGGUCUCUUGUUAUGUUUUCUCAUUUUAGUCCCAAGCCAAAAGUUGAAUUAUCACUAAAUAUUUAUCCAAGUGUAUAUUGCUAAAGUUGUUUUUUUUUUUUUAUUAUUACCUACACGAUCCACAUUUUCACCACAUACCCAUACUUCAAAUCUUUCGCGAAACUUGUGUCUGUUAUUGAAAAAAAAAAGAAAAAGAAAUAUUCAGAAUAAAUUAAUAUAUUAAACUUUUGUUGAUCUCAGGUAUUCUGUGUAUUUAGCUAUGAAGUCUUUUGACUUUUAUGUGACUGAACUUGUAAUCUGUUUGGACAAUGGUGACACAAAUGGAUGCCAGUCAGCCCGUUGUGUUCCCCUAAUCACUGUAUACUUGAAAAGAUGGCAGCAAAAACAAUUAAGAAAAAACAAGGAGCUGGUUAACGAAAGAGAAGCACAACUCUCAUCAGCAUCAGCCCCUUAUUUAUUUAUUUUACUAUUAUUUCUAUUUUUUAAUUAUUAGCAAAAUAAAAGCUAUCAUAUUCUUUCUUGUCAAACUUGGCAUUAUCCAGUUUAUUUAAUUGCUAUGCGUAGCAUUACUUUUUGUUCAAUUCUGGGGCAGAGCCCUGAUUUAAGGUUCUCAUUCAUUGAAUGAGACAGCACAAAGUUAGUUGAAUAUAAAUUUAAGAAAAUACAAUACCAAAGUUUUCUUAAGUUGCAAUUUUUUUAAAGCAAAUUCCAGGGCUUAGUAUUAUGUACACACACAAUGUUUUCUGCUUUUACCUUUAAGCACAUAACACCUAAAUAUGUGAUGUUUACAACCUGAUCUAUAAAUGUAUGAAUUAAAAAUUGAUAGAACCAUAUAUACAGUGUAUAUACACAGACAAACAUACACACAUGCACACACAGAGGUUCUUAGAAUACAAUUAGAACUUUUCAUUAGCAAAGUUCUGCAACUACCUAGUCAGGUUGUGAAUUUUAUAUGUUUGAUGUUACUCUGGGAAUAUAGUGGUUCAUUAUGGAAUAAUAAUAGUCAUGAUGUCUUCCUUUGUCCAGGCUUUGGUCAGUUAAUCUGGCCUCUUCCCUCUAACAUCUACUGUAUGCUUCUUCUACAAUCAAUACUGUUUUGACCUUGCUCAUAUUUAUCUUUUUAUUAAACAUAUGCCAAUUGUCUCAAUCAGCAUUUGGAAUUCUAUAUGCAUUUACAAAAAGGAUAAAUUGGACAAUAUAUAUUAUCAAUUAUUGCUUGUGCCACCUGAUUCUUAGAAGAUAAAAGGUAAAAUAUGAGGUGCAAUUUUUGUCUCUUUGGUAAUGCUGGUUUCCUCCCACAACAGAUUUUUAAAAAGGACUGAUAGAAUAAAGAUUUGAUAACCAUGAAAACUUUAGGUCACACAUGAAGACUAUUGUCAAUAUAUUUUAACCAAAGAAAAGAGAGCAAUCCAGGAUUACUUUCUUAAAUGAAUCAUUUUUAUUGGACUACUCUCUUUGCUCAUACCUCAAUAAUUCAUGUAGUACCUGAAAAAAACACAAAAAGGUCAGUUCUGUGAAGGAUGAUAUGUUGCAUUUACUGGCAAAAAUUAAGAAACGUACAUGUCAAUAUUUUCAAAAGUAUUUCAUAACUUCUUGCAUUAAACCCACAGAAUUCUUGGAUUGCUCCAGCUGGUUUAAUAUUUCAUUUCUUCUUCUUGUUUUUGUUUGUAUUGUUUUCUGAAAAUUGUGUCCAUGAAAACAGUAGUACAAAAUGUAGCUUGUAGUAAAAAAAAAAAAAUACAAAAAUGGGGAAAUGAUAAUGUUUGAGGCAAAACUAGAAAAAGAGGCUUACAGCGGCAUAAGCUGGACUUUGUCGCCACUUGAAAACAAGAUGUUAUUACUAAAUUAAACCACAUCUGUUUAUCUCAAGGGACUUAAUUCAGCUGUAUGUAGAGAAUAAAAUGGGAAAAUAUUAAAAUUUCUCCUGCUGGAACAUAAGGUAUUAUUUGUAUUUUGCAGACAAUUAAGUAAAGAUACUGGCUUUUUUAGUUG